UGCUUAGCAGACGGGCGCUCCCGCUCGUGCACGUAUGUGGAGAAAGGGACGCGCAUAAAGGCGCGUUCGCGUCCUGUAUUCUGUGAGCGCGAGCCCCAGUUGAGCAUCACAGUCCAUUCAGUUUCUGUCCAGGCGCUGACCAGCCUCUUUGCAGCCAUGGCCUCUGGUGUGAAAGUCACGGAUGAUGUUAUUGCCGUCUUCAAUGAUAUGAAGGUGCGCAAGGCUCAGGCGAAUGAGGAGGAGAAGAGGAAGAGGAAGAAGGCCAUUUUGUUCUGCCUGAGCAAGGACCUCAAGAGCAUUGUUAUUGACGAUGAACAAGAGAUCCUGCAGGGGGACGUUGGAACAAAAAUCCAGGACCCGUAUUCGCACUUUGUGAACAUGCUGCCCACAAACGACUGCCGCUACGCCCUGUAUGAUGCGUCCUUCGAGACCAAAGAAACAAAGAAGGAGGACCUGGUCUUCAUCUUCUGGGCUCCAGACAGUGCCCCCUUGAAGAGCAAGAUGAUCUAUGCCAGCUCAAAAGAUGCUAUCAAAAGGAAAUUUGAAGGUAUUAAGCACGAGUGGCAGGUGAACGGCUUGGAGGAUCUCAAAGACCGGCGCACCCUGGCAGAAAGGCUUGGCGGCUCGUCAGUAGUCAGUCUGGAAGGAUUACCUAUGUAAUAUUACCACCCCUCCUCCUUGCUGGCUUCAAUCGAGGCCUUUCAGACAUCUGUUGAGUUUAGCUGUUCAUUCCAGUGCGGUUAGGAAAAGGGCAAAAGCAGAAUUGGCACCAUUUGUUGGACUGUUCUCGGGAGGGAUAAUGAGGGUGGGCCGGGGUCAAGUGACAGUUUAAAUAAAUACAAAGUAAAGAGACUGUCAUUCCAGUUCAAGAAACAAAAAUGAUAUGAACAAAACACACACAAAGGAAUAAACAUUAAGAUACAACUGAGGAAGGAUGUUGAUGAUAAAUACACAUUAUUCAUGCUUCAGGACAGGGUUUCAUUCUUCCUGGGUUCCAUUAGCAAAAUCGCAGAGAAAGGGGCGCGCGUCAAACUUAAGUUUUCCAAACAUUGAAUCCUGACAAAUAUUCAUUCAACUACAUUUUCUUUUGCCAAACUUCUAGUUAAGUGUGAGUAGUUGAGACUAGGUAUAGUAUAAACUAAUUCACCCUUGAUUGCACAAGUUGUAUCAAAACCUUCUCUGGGGGAAACACGGUUAAUUAUAUUUUCUCUUGUGUGUGUUUUAUUUUCUUUCGUCACUCCAUUGUUUUUGUUUUGUUUUUUUCUUUUUGAACAUGCAAAUUCCAAAACGUGAGUAAUUCCUUUUUAUUUUCCAGUUCUGGGUCAGAAAUCCAUGGCAUUUGAUGUAAUAAACAUACAACAUUCCUUGUUCGUGUUGAAACCAGGAUCUCCUUGAUUUAAAAACUUUGGUGUUAUGAAGGUUUGAUGGGGAGCGAUGUGUAUAUGAAGGACCAGCAGUCAGAGUUUAACUUGACUAUUGAAUGGUGGAUGUUUUGUAUCGUCUCCUUAUCUCUAAUAAAAAGCACUAAACUACG